AUGUUCAUGUUGAUGUUCUACAUAGGCACCAUUGUGCUAGAGAAAUCACGUAACGUUGUCAGAUCUUUCCCUAUGUUUGUCUACUGGUCCCUGGCAUCGUUCUGCUUGCUUGUGAAAAUCUUUGAAAAGGGAAUGACUGGAGAAUAUGCAAAUGAAACAUUCAACUUUAGCGUGGUUGUACUGCGUUACGUGGCGACAACAGUGCUGUUUGUGGUCACGUGUUUUGCUGAGUACCAUGGGGUCAAAGACAAGGUCAGUACUACCCUGAUGCGUCUGGGAUACAAGCGUCCAAUACAAGACGAUGACGCAUACCAUUUGACUCCAAACGACACAUCAGCAAAAGUAACAGAUGCGCUCAUUAAAAAUUCCAUAAUUACAGCCCACAGUUCAACAAGAAGGAAAUGGUUGCGUCUGAGACCCUGGGAGUGCAUAAGAGCUAAGCCAAGCUGCGAUGAACAAGAAACACAACUUUUGGACGCCAACAACUGUGAAGACACAGAGAGACGAUCCUACGACGCCGUCAAGAGCUAUGCUAGCAAUGAAACAAAUAAGCCAAAACAAAGAUCGUUCUUCAUGGCUCUGUUUUUAACCUUCAGAUGGGACUUUUUAUAUUGCAAUAUUGGGAUGUUGGUUUAUGUGGCUAUGAAUUUAUUUUCCCCAAUCAUCCUAGGUUGGUUGAUAGACUACAGUGUAAAUACAACAGAGCCACACUGGCAUGGUUAUGUCCUUAUGAUGUUGCUUUUAGCCUCCAAGAUCUUGACCACAGUUUUUAGCCAAUCAUCCGAGUACCUAAGUAACAGACUGGCCAUUCGAGUACGUAGUGCUGCUAUUGGCGCCAUAUUUCGAAAGUCGAUACGAUUGUCCAAUGAGUCUCGAAAAAUCUUCGGUUUGGGGGAAAUCUCAAACUUGAUGUCUGUUGACACAAAUCACAUUGAGCUGUGUAUAAAUGGUGCAUUCUGGAUAUGGAUGAGUAUUUUGCUCUUUCUCUUUGGGUGUUUCUUCUUGUAUACUGUCAUUGGACUAGCAAUGCUUUCAGGACUAGGUUUAAUUUGUUUGAUGUUGAUAAUCAAUCUCGUUAUAACACAAAAAAUGAGAAAUUAUCACGAAGAGAUGAUGGGAGUAAAAGAUGUAAGACUAAACACAAUGAGUGAAAUACUGCAAGGCAUUAAGGUUAUAAAGCUAUAUGGUUGGGAACCCAUGUUUAUCUCUAAAAUAAUGAGCAUUAGAGAAAAAGAACUGAAGGUUUUACAGAAACACUCAAUGUGUGACUGGAUUGACACUUUUGCCUACACAGGAGCAACAUUCUGGAUUACGUUUUUGAUGCUGGUGACCUACGUCACUUUUAACGAGCAUCAUUUAGUCAGCGCAAGAAUAGCUUUUGUUGCAAUCAAUUAUAUAAAUUUGAUAAAGAAAGUCAUCACAAACUGUUCUCUCCAUAUAAAAUAUGCUGUCAAAAUGGCUGGUUCUAUUGUUCGAAUUAACAAAUUUCUCCAGGCUGCAGAUUCUGACUCAAGUGAAUACAACACCUUAGAUGAUUUCGCCAUAAGGAUAAACGAUGCUUCAUUUUCAUGGGAAAAGUCAGGAAAUAAUGUCCUUAGAAACAUCAAUUUAAAGAUUGAGCCUGGCAAGCUGGUGGCUGUGGUGGGGUCAGUCGGUGCUGGGAAAUCAUCUCUGUUGCUAGCUCUACUGGGAGAGAUGAACAGAACUUCAGGCAGCUCAAAUAUCAAUUCCUCUCUAGCCUAUGUGCCACAGCAAGCUUGGAUUCAGAAUACAACAGUGAGAGAGAACAUUACAUUUGGGCAGGAAUUUGAUCCAACUUUUUACACUACUAUCAUUGCUGCCUGUGCUUUGAACCAAGACCUGGAGAUUUUACCUGCUGCUGACCUGACAGAAAUUGGAGAGAAAGGAGUGAACUUGUCAGGAGGACAGAAGCAGAGAAUUUCUCUAGCAAGAGCUGUCUAUAGCCAGGCUGACAUCUACCUGUUUGAUGAUCCAUUGGGUGCAGUGGACAGCCAUGUGGGACAACACAUCUUCCAAAAUGUUAUCAGCAACACUGGACUUUUAAAAAAGAAGACUCGUGUCCUAGUCACACAUGGAAUUCAUUUAUUGUCAGACGUGGACUUGGUUGUUAUUAUGCAUGAUGGUAAAAUUGUAGAUUCUGGGGGCCCUGAAAUUUUACAUCUUGGGAACAAAUGCUUCAAAAAAAUAAUACACUUGAUAUCUGAUAGUACGAGCACUGAUAAUGAAUCUGAUUGGGAUAAAUCUGGUAAACUUGUCAUAGUCAAAUGGGAAGUUUAUUUAGAUAUCAUCAAAGGUUAUGGCGUACCAUAUGUUUUACUGACAGCUGUUUUAAUAUGUGGUUUCCAUGUUGCCUAUAAUGCAGCAUACAUAACUUUGACAAUGUGGAUAGGGGAUAAUCAUUUAUUCAACAAUACAGAGUUACCAGAUCAAAGCCUGGAAAGAAAUGACUUAAAUAGACAUUAUAUUUUGUAUUAUCUAAUUUGGGGCUCUAUUCAGACUUUAUGCGUUUUGAUAUAUUCAGGGCUGUUCCAGUUCCGUCAUGUGACCACCUGUCGAUGGAUACAUGCAAAACUUAUAAAUUCAGUUCUAAGAGCACCCAUGAGUUUUUUUGAUACAACUCCCAUGGGUAGAAUUUUGAACAGGUUUAGUCAAGAUUUGGAUAUUCUAGACAGUGCAAUUUUUAUAAAUUUGGAGAUAUUUCUCGAGCAUGUGAUGUUUGCUUUGGGAAUUCUUGGUAUUAUUAGCUACGUUUUUCCAGGAUUUCUUGGUGUAUUAUUUGUUGCUGUCUUCCUUUUUAUUAUUGUGCAGCAAUAUUAUAUCAAGACAUCAUGUCAGCUGAAGCGAAUUGCAUCCAAAAAUCGCUCACCUGUAUUUGCCCACUUCAGCGAGACACUGUCUGGUCUGACUGUCAUCAGAGCACACAGGCAGCAGCUGAGGUUCACACAAGACUCUCACGUGAAGGUCGACUUCUUUCAAAGACCUAUGAUGAUCAUGUAUGCAACAAACAAAUGGAUGCAAACCCGUUUGGACAUUAUUACAUAUAUUUUAAUUGCUGGUGUAACCCUCUUUACAAUAUCCAACAGAGGGGAAGUGGAACCAGGACUGGUCAGUUUGUCGAUCACUUUUAUACUAAGGAUAACAAAUGACAUGACAUUAGUGACAAGAAUGUCAAGCGAACUUGAAUCAAACAUUAUAUCUGUGGAAAGAAUUCAGGAAUAUUCACAAAUUAAAAAUGAGGCUCCUUGGACUUUGCCAGAUGACAGUAGAUUAUCAGGCGUGUGGCCACUGAAUGGAAAUAUAGAAUUUGUUAAUUAUAGUGCAAGAUACAGAGAAGGAUUAGAUUUUGUGCUGCGAAAUAUCAAUGUGUCGAUAAAUGCUGGAGAAAAGAUAGGAAUUGUAGGAAGAACAGGGGCAGGUAAAUCUUCUAUGGUUCUUGCCCUUUUCCGUUUGAUUGAAGUAGCAAGUGGCUACAUUGUAAUAGAUGGUGUGGACAUUUCAAAGAUUGGGCUACACACACUUCGACAUGCUGUCACCAUACUGCCACAGGAUCCAGUACUUUUUGCUGGAAGUUUGCGCAUGAACCUUGACCCAUCCAAGGAAAAAUCUGACAUAGAACUCUGGGAUAGCUUAGAACAUGCCAACCUUAAAGACUUUGUUCAACAGUUGCCCAAUCAGCUGGAAUAUGAUGUGGGGGAGGGGGGAGAAAAUCUCAGCGUGGGACAGAAACAGCUUAUCUGCCUAGCCAGAACUCUACUGCGAAAGACAAAAAUUUUAGUUUUUGAUGAAGCAACAGCAUCAGUUGACAUAGAAACAGAUGAUUUUAUUCAGAAAACUAUAAGGACUGCUUUCAGGGACUGUACAGUGAUCACCAUAGCCCAUAGAAUUCAUACAGUCAUGGACUAUGACAGAAUUAUUGUGCUAGAGCAAGGUAAAAUUAUAGAAGUGGAUGGUCCAAGCAAUUUACUACAGAACAGCACAUCCAAGUUUUAUUCUCUGCUUGCACGGAAUGCCUCGCUCGAAAACAAAAUGGCUGUCCGAUUUAAAAAUUAUUUGAGAUUGAAAAGUUUAAUGCGUUAUCUAACAUAUAUCUUUAAAGAUACAUCUGCUCAUUAUUUCUAUUAG